AAGUCUUUGAACAGUACAUUUUUCUUUCAUUAGAUGUGUUUGUAGUCCAAGGCGGAAGAGUAAACGGCAUUGGGAUUUUAGCCAAGAUUCAGUAGGAAUCAAAAAUGGAGAUGGCCAUGUCAUUAAUUUUGAUUGCCGCCACAUUUACUGCUCUGAUAGCUUCAACAGCGGCUCUCCUUCCUCCGAUCAACGAAUUACGAGAAGCGAACAUCAAAAUCGCUCGAUUAGAAUCCAUCCUUGAUGAAGGAAUUCCAAAUUUAAAUGCUAAAAGCCAAUACAUCAGGGAAACUGAGAAGAAAAUAGAGGACAUUAGUAUAGAAAUUGACAAUCUUACAACCGCUUUGUCCAAAUUGCAGCAUCACUCAUCAAGGAUUAGUGCUCUAGAAGAAGAGGUACAACUCCUUUGGGAUGCGGCAAGAAAAAACAACUUCAAGAUUCAUAAAUUGGAGUUCAAAGCUCAAGAUGCUGAGAAAAGAUUAGAAGUUCUUACCUCUCAAGUCGAAAAGAUGGCUGAAAUUGUGUCUGAAAAAUGGAUUCAGAUACAACGACUUGAACAAGCUGUUCAAAUGGCAGAGGUGAGAACCCUGAAGGUCAAAAGACAACUAAGGUUCAGUAAAUGUCCAUUUGUCAAGUUCAUCAAAAACCUUUUCGGCCACCAACUCGAAACGUUGAAGGGAAUUCUGCAUCCAUAUGGAUCAUACAGUAUGGCUGAUCCUAAUUCCUACUGGUCUCAAGCUUUGCAUCACUUGCGGAGGACCUUUUCGUCUGCAAGACAAUACCAUUACGAGUUGCAAAGCUUUGUAAAGCAGGAGAUAGAAAGGAAUGAAUUCCCCGCGGCUUUAGCUAAUGAAGAAGUGGUGUUCUUAGUGGCCUCAGUUCUGAUCGUCUUUCCAAUUUUAAGUGUAUUCAUGCUUCUCUUCUCAUACUUUAGCUAAGCAGAUAUUCAAACUGGUGAAAAAUUGCACCAAGAUUGCAGUUGAGAAUAGUGUUUAUGCUAUUUCUUCUAAGAAAAUCUUGAAGGUCGACAACCUAUCCGAGAUUGGGUAGGAUUCCCCUUAAAGCAAUGAUUGGUUUACCAAACCAUUAGCACAUGACAUCCAGGAAUUAUGCAUGAAAAGAAGCAAGUGAUCACCACGUGAAAUUUUUGAUCUCUUGUACACUGUAGAUAAUCAUGUUAACAAAUUUCACCUCAUGGGUUCUUGAUGGUAGUUGUUAAACGAUGGGUGUGAAAAGCAUCAUAGCUUAGUUGUCAGCAACAAAGUACCAGGUUCCGCGAAUGUAACUGCUGAUUUGUUAUCUCAAGCAAACUGCUGGCUGUAAUAAUUUUCCGUGAAUAUUCAAGUAUAUGAUCCAAAAAUUUAGAAAAAUAAAAGUACGUAUCUUCUGGUGCUC